CAACACUAUAUGAAUCUUUCCUACAAAACCAUGUUUGUUAGUGUUUAUUUCGUCAUGAUCCUCUUGGUUUUUAGUUCAUGCAACGAUGCGGCAAGGAUGGGAACAAUUAAGGUUUCAGAAAUUGAGAUAGCUCAAACAAGAUCAAGAUCACCAACACAUGAUGAGUUCCCGGAGGGUUUUAGAUUCAAAGGUCGUGUAUUCCACAUUUUUUCCAAACGGGUCCUUGUACCACCUUCGGGACCUUCCAAAAGGCACAAUUCUGCGGUGAAUGAUCUCAAACACUAGUUCGUCUUAUUUAAUGUUUAGUUGGUUUUUGACAAUCAUACUAUAUACGUAGAAGAUUAUUCAAAUUGUUUUUGACGGGUUUUAAUCCUUCUAGUAUAUGUUUUUUUUUUCUCUUUUUCUCAUUUGAUUUCAUUCACAUUUGUAAUAUCUCGAUGGAGAAACAAAAGUAUAUUGUAUACAUCUCUUGUUUUUC